AAGCAUUAAAUAUUUGUUGUUCUUUUCAAUAAUGCAUACUAAUGCUUUAGAAACAUAAUUUCCAGGUUUGCUACAGUAAGCAAGCAAAUCACAAAUCUACUUAAAGCUGAAUUUAACAUUACUUGUUAAAGAUAUUUACUAUAUUCCAAGAAUUAGGAUUCUUUCAGUCACAAUCUUAUUCCUAUUCAAUUUAGCUGAUUUUAAAAUGUGAUGUAAAAUUAUAAGCACAUAAAAAGACAACAGCAGAAACAGCAGCAAAUUUACUCAACAAUUCUAAGCUUAGCAACAUUUCCAUUUAAUCAAAUUUCUUACUCUUCCCAAAUCUAUUGCAAUGUUUACUUUCUAUGUUUACACAUACAAUGGGAAAUGAUAGUUUGUGGGCUGGUUCAAAUUUCUUCCAUAUUCUAAAAAAUAUGUCACAUGUGAUGUACUUUAUAGGUAUAUAAUUGACAGUACAAUUGGCAGCGCAGACAUGCCAAAUGCUUCCAACGUCAGAACCAAGAUACAUAUAUACACAAUUUUUUACUCCCAUUAAAUUUUCUGACAAUGUACCUGUUCAAAUAUAAAAGCAUGAUAGGGUCUGUAUUUGUAUAGGUAGCCGAUUAUGUCAGCGUGCAGAAAUGUGGACAACUACUACAGCCAGAAGUUGCAAGCACCCUGCUUUUUUACUGCACGGGGAUUCAGAGCUGAGAUGAAUUUUUGUCAAUCUCUGCCGGAUCUUUCCAGGAUAGGAAGGCUGGGAGGGAAACUCACAAUCUUCACAAUACCACCAUGCUGGUAAGCGCAUUUCUUAGCAAUCUUUCCCCCUUUUGUGCUCCUGGGAAGCGAUUUCACCAACUCUCUCACUCUCUCUCUCUCUCUCUCUCUCAGUAAGUAGCAGAGUUGCGAACGGGGCGAAGUGCAACCGAAGAGUGUAAGCUAAUUAAGAAAAAGAUACCCCACAAAUAUUUCCCACUUUUCUCCUUCGAGUCCUACGGUUGCUUUCGAGGGGAAAGCGGAGGCAUCUAUUUCUCGCCUCUCCUGCCGCGAAAGCGGGACUGCCUUUCCAAACCGAGGCGCCUCCCGGGAGAAGGAGCGGAAAAGGCAAACGGUUCUACGAAAAAAAAAGGCUCGCUCGGGGUCGCUAUAGCAACGCUCUCCUCGUUGGAAUUCACGGCCGCCGCCGCCGCCAUCACAGGCCACGAGAGGGUGCCGAGGCCACGCCCUGGCAGCGCAGCGGUUUGACAUUGCUGCGGGCUGGAUGCUGAGGCUGAAACUGAAAUUUAGCCAUGCGAAGUUAGGGAUUCCUCUUUGCCCGGCACUCGAGAAUCAGCAGUUACGCAUUGUACAGAGGUGAGAGAAGAGAACACAGUGGAAGUGUGCGCAUCGCUGAGCUCGAAUGAAUCUAAGUGUGCGGGAGGUAACGGAAAAGCGUCGCAGGCAGUGGAUUCCAAACCCCCCACGUUAAGGCGAUAGCUUUAUGAAGCCAAAGCAGAUUGUCGUCUAAUAGCAUGCAAGAUGUUGAAUUCUUCAUAAUGCAAGUGAGAUGGGGGAGGGAGGAUGUGAUGGAUGGAUUAUGAUCUGAGAUAAUUUCCAGACUCCUCUACUGAAUCUUGAGCCAUAUAAUCUUCCACGUUCAACCAAAUAGGACUUAGGAUGCCUUCAAGUUGCACUUUGGACUUUCUGUAGGGUUCCUGAAAUAAUUAAAAGUACACAGUUCUUGACCUGCUGAAAAUGCCUCAUUUUGAUGUAAUAAAUCCAUCUGUUUAAUUGGAUCAGUCUCCAUCUAGCAGAAACUACCUAGAAACUAUUUAACUAGUGUUUCUGCAGAGUUGAUGAUUUAUUAAAGAGGAAAACUUUAGAGCAGUGUUGCUCAGUCUUGCAACAACUUUAACUGUGAACUUUAAAUUCCCAGAAUUUCCUGGAGAACUCUGGGAGUUGAAGUCCACAUAUCUUAAGAGUUACUUAGAUUGAGAAACAUUUCCUUAAAAUAUGCAUCUGCAUAUUGCUUUCAAUAGAAAAGAAUAUUUAUUUAUUUAUUUAUUUAUUUAUUUAUUUAUUUAUUUAUUUAAUUGUUUGUCAACAAGUACAAGGAAACAAGUAUCAGUAUAGACAUAGACAUGGACACAUGAAAAAAUGGUAGCUAAUGUUUGAACUGUGAUGUCCUUGGUGCCUCUCUGAGCUUGGUUGUUUUCCUGCAGAUGUUUCAAUUAGGAACUACUAAUUUUGAUAAACAAGCUAACAGUAAACAAAAGUCUAAUGAAGGAACCACCAAGAACACUUUCACCAACACUGACAGGGUAAGCCACUAGUAUAUAAAUAAGAGAAAAUCCCACUCCCUUCUAGCACUGAAGAUGUUACCUAUUUGGAUAAUGAAAGAAAGCAACCAAGCUCAAGAGAGCAACAAGGACCUACAUUGCAUCUGUGUUUUUAGCUUGAAUCACAGAUUUUAUCAGCUAUGAAACUGAGAAAUUAAACUAAGGGUUAUAUUUCAGAUGGAAGAAUUAUAUACUCAUCCUUGUACCAAAAUACUUUUUUUUUUCAGGCAGAAUAACUGCUUGCAGAUACAAUCAUGUAUUUUAGGCUGAAUAAAAUGGCUCUUUAAAGUUGGAAUACUCUUUUAAAAAAUACUCACCUUUCUCAGAUGCUUUUCUGCCUGCCUUCUAACUGUAGCUUAAGUCCAUCUUUAAAGGGCUUAGCUGUCACAGGGCCUUUCCCAAAAUUGCACCUAUAUCAAGACAACAACCUUUCUUUUUUGUCUCGUCUUCAUGACUAUGUCUUUAUCUCAUCCUCUACCAGUAUAAAUAGAUGAGGUAACCACCAGACUAGCAACCCUAAGUCCUUAGACUUUCUAGUCAGUUGCACCUUCAAUGGAUAAUUAUUCUUCAUUUAUGUUUUGCUCUCUAAGGAUAACAUUACGAGGAGGCAAUGGAAAUUACUGGCUUUUUCUUUACAAAUAUAUUUAAAAAUUAAGUUUUUAUAGCAUUAUAUAGUAGAUUUUAAGAAAUUUUACCAGACAGCAAAAGUGGUACAGAAGGGGCAGUCACUGUGUCAUACAUUUUCGUUUCUAUGGAUACAUUUUAGUACACCUCACAUGGCAUAAAAUAAUAAUUUAAUAAUAAUAAUUUAUUACCUGUAUGCAUUGGCUGACUCCCAGCAACUCUGAGCAGUUAACAAAUGAUUUAAAACAUUAAAAAUAAGAAAACAAAACGGGUAAAGAUGGCAGGAUGACAAAAAGAUAAAGAUAAAUUAUAAUUAAAACACAGUCAAAUGAGAACUCAAUCAAUAAAUGAAAGAUGUGGAGAGAUAUUUAUCCUUUCCUCAAUUAUAAACCCAUUAAUAUAGUAAUAAUGAAAUAUUUAAAUAGAAGUGAGAAUAUUACAUAAGAGUCAGGGAAAACAUAUGAUUUUAAGGAUAGAACUGAGACUAUAAGUGCAAGUGAUUGAUAAUUAUUAAUAUUUUUGGUGGGGAGUAUUGCAGAUAACUCUUAAGGAUAUUACAAGAUUGUUCAUGGGGCUAUCUAGAUAUUUAUGCAAAAUAUUUAGGUUGAUAUAAAAUAAGACAGCUAAUCAUGAUAAUGACAGUACAUAUUUUACUUAUUGGUUCCCAGUUUUCUUCCACUACAAUUAUGUCUUGGGGCUGCACUAUGUGGAAGAACAUCUGCGACAUGUAUUCCUUUUUAAAUCCUAAAAUCAUAGAGUAAGGUCCUACUCCCAGUGUUUCAGGUUCCUAUUUGGGUGGGUAAUUUGAAGUAGGUACUCCAAGAUAAGGAAUACUGUUUUCAGAAGUGUCCAUGUAGCGCCUGUUGAGUUACUGUUUCACCCUAGAGCUUUUUAAUUUCCUAGAACUUCAUCUGAUAUAUAGUGCUUUUAAUUAGUCUGUUUCAGUGGUAUUUUAAUGGUUGCUUCUUUAAACUGUACUUUUAAUCUUUGAUUUUUAAUCAUUUUAUUUGUGUUUUUACAGUAUGUUAUACUACUAUACUGAAAGCUUUCAAUAGCUUCACUAACACGUUUUUAGAAAUAUUAACAAAGGAGGCUUUAUAUUUGCAGUGUUCAAGAUUUUGAUUAUGUUUCAGCCUGUGGAGGAAAAAUAAAGGGCCUGGUUUCAGAAGAUUAUGUCCGAAGAUUCAAAUAAGGACAAACAGUACAUAGAACAAUUAACCAGUGAAAAUUACAACUCAGAUGAGGAUUCCUUUAUCCCAUACGUAGCAGAAGAUCUUGAGCAGUGUGCAUUUGUUGCAGAUUCUUUUUGUGAUCAACUUUUGCCACGAACCACACAGAUUUUAUUGGAAUAUAACUCUGGAAAAUGGGUGCCACGACUUCGUGAACCACGAGAUUUAUAUGGCCUUUCUUCUACAGGAGAUCUUCACUUAGUACGCUGGCCACAUCAGUAUGAAGUUAUCAGAGAAAAAAUUAAGCAUAUUGAAUGGAUUCCAUCUCAUCCGGAGCCUCUCUAUAAUCCCACAGGUUUAGAGAUCGAGCCUCCAUGUCUAGAUCCAGGGGAAGGUGCUGUCGUGUAUUUAGCAGAUGAAGCCAAUAAGGACCCCAACUUUAGAUAUUCUCGAAUAGGGGGAAGUUUCCCUUCAAAGCAAGUGCUUCCUCAAUCAUGGAAUGACUGGGAUAAUACUUUGAUCUUUGAAGCACGAUUUGAAAGUGGAAAUCUGCAAAAAGUGGUCAAAAUUAAUGAUUUUGAAUACCAGUUGACACUGCGUACUGAUCUCUACACAAAUAGGCACACCCAAUGGUACUACUUCCAGGUUACCAACACCCAAGCAGGAAUGCCUUACCGAUUUACCAUUGUGAACUUCACCAAGCCAACAAGCUUGUACAAUCGUGGCAUGCGCCCAUUAUUAUAUUCAGAAGCAGAAGCAAAGAUCCACAAGGUGGGGUGGCAAAGGACAGGAGAUCAAAUCAAAUAUUAUAAAAACAAUUUCAGCAGUGAUGGGCACCAAUAUUUUUCCUUGACAUGGACUUUCCAGUUUCCACAUGACAGGGAUACUUGCUAUUUUGCCCACUGCUAUCCAUACUCUUACAGCAACCUGCAAGACUAUUUGUCAGCCAUCGCCAGAGACCCAAGGCGCUCCAAAUUCUGCAAAAUCCGUAUAUUAUGUCAUUCUCUGGCUAGGAAUAUAGUCUAUGUUUUAACUAUUACCAAUCCCUUGCAAGAUUUUAAUAAGGAAAAAUGCAAGUCAGCAGUCAUUUUGACAGCAAGGGUGCAUCCUGGUGAAACAAACAGUUCAUGGAUGAUGAAGGGCUUUCUGGAUUACCUUCUGGGAGAUUCAGAUAAUGCCCAAUUGCUCCGAGACACUUUUAUUUUUAAAGUGGUACCGAUGUUGAAUCCAGAUGGUGUGAUUGUGGGCAAUUAUCGCUGCUCUUUAGCCGGCAAGGACUUGAAUCGCAAUUAUAGAUCAGAUCUUAAAGACUCUUUCCCUUCUAUUUGGUAUACCCGCAGCAUGAUCAAAAGAAUAAUGGAAGAGCGAAAUGUUCUUCUAUACUGUGACCUUCAUGGUCAUAGCAGGAAAGAAAAUGUCUUCAUGUAUGGCUGUGAAAAAAAAGAACAAGAUGAAAGGGCAUGCUUACUUCACCGCAUUUUUCCUUUCAUUAUGAGCAAAAGUUGUCCAGAUAAAUUCUCAUUCCAAGAUUGCAAUUUUAAAAUGCAGAAAGGCAAAGAAGGAACAGGUCGAGUAGCUAUGUGGAAAAUGGGCGUCAACAACAGCUAUACCUUAGAAGUAACCUUCUGUGGCUCUAAACUGGGAAAUAGAAAUGCUACCCACUUCAGUACUAAAGAUUUGGAGUCCAUUGGAUACAAUUUCUGUGAUUCAUUAUUGGUGUUUUGUACUGAAAAGAAGAGCAAGUACAAUGAAUGCCUGAAAGAAUUGGAGGAACUAGUAAAACAGGAUGAUCCAGCUGCCUCAUUCAAUGAUACAGGAGACAGAGGAGAUUCUAGUUCAGACAGUUCAGACUCUAAUGAGUUUGCCGAUAAAACAGAAGCCCAGGCAAAAACAAAGAAAAAAUAUUUGAAAGGAAAGAAGGAAAGAAGUUUUGUUUUGGAAUCCUCAGGAAGAAGAUAUUCUAAACAUUUACAUGAACCAGUGAAUGAAUCCAAAAAACCAGAAGACCCUUCUCACAGAGUUUCCAAGACUCAAGAACAAAUAAUUAAAAAUGCCCAGGUUUUUCAGAAAUUAAAAUUGAUGGAAUUACAAAACAUGGAAAGAGAAAAAUAUGAAAUUACCAAGCAGAAUGUAGAGACUUUUUCUAGAACAACUAAUGCAAAAAAGUCAAAGACUUUAGCAGGGGUUCAUGAAUUGUUUAAAGAAACUAGUUCCAUUUUAAAAAGUAAACCAGAUCAAAUGGCUUUCCCCUCUAAAAAAGAUGCUAUACCGAAUGUGCCAAGUAAAUAUACUCUUCAGUAUCUGAGUCAUUAUUUCCCUGAGCAAGGAUUAAAUUUUGGAUGGGACCUAUCCCACCCUUUUAAGCACGUUGUUUCCCAGAGACUUUUCCUACCUCCCACUGCCCAUAACCAAAUGUGCAAUACACCAAAGAAAAAUAGUGCACUUCUGGGUUGCCGACUUCCUAGAGUGGAAAAUAUGAAGAGGGAAGUAAGCAUCCAUCAAAAAACAUCUCUCAUACAACUGGACAGUCACCCAAGCCCUUUAUAUCUGUCUCAGCCAGAAGCAGAAAAUCACCCUGAAAGGGGCUGUGUCACACUACAGUUAGAAGAAAAAGAACUACAAAAUAUUGCUCUAGCUCAAGAAAUCCAUUUAAAUGCUCCAUAUAACAAAGCUGCAACCUGGAGAUUAGAAAAGUAUCAAGCUGGAAAAACCAAUAGUUGCAGAGAGAAGGCAUCUCCAGAAAUCAAAGGUUUCCUUGAGACAAAAAAAAGUACUUUACCUGGAAGCAAAGAGAAAGUAAAGGAAUGGUCACCAACAAGGAAUGCUAAAACUAUCAAAAUUGGUGGAGGGAACUGUGAAGAAGGUCUUAAACUGAACAAGUCUUCUAUUAAUCAAGAUUUACUGCUCUCCCUUCCUUUGAUGUCUGAGGAAAAAUACAGUCAACCUACCGAAAAAUAUUUGAGGAAUGAACGACAUCUAAAAUCCUUGGGCCAACACCGACCACGCCUGGCUACUUUACUGACUACAAAAGGGCCCAACAAAACAAUUUUAGUGAAACAUUCUGAAGAUGAUGAAACAUCCAGGUCUCUACUACAAAGCAGGCCAAAAAUGCCAUCAAGAAAUCUGUUUUGCCAGAGGGAAAGCAAUUUUUUUCCUAAGAGAUGUAAAAGUGACAGACCUUCAGUGCAAGAUCUUCCAAACACAACUGAGAGGAUUUCUUUUCAUGCAUAAUAUAAGAUGCAGUUUCUUUUGUACCGUUUCAGACAUAUCAUCCGAGCAUACUGCUUUACCUCUUUAGACAUCAUACCGGGAAGAUGUUGCAUGCAGAGCAGUUGCACUUUCACAAGAUUGGAAUAUUGGAUACAAACUAGAACAUCUCGGAGGGAGGUGGCUGUGAAUAAAGAAAACUAAAAUAUGA